CGCUAGACAUCUGCUUGUUUUCAAAACGCGGAAGUAGAGCACUAUUUUCUGAAGAAAACACAGCUGUGAUAUUUUGAUGCUUGACGUUUUCAGUAGAAAGAAAACCUGUGCAGUAGAGGAAUAAAACAACAGACAGAUCAUGGAGGACGACGCUCCUGUCAUUUAUGGGCUUGAAUUUCAGGCACGAGCUCUCACUGCUCAGACUGCUGAGACUGAUGCCAUUCGUUUUCUUGUUGGAACACAGUCCCUAAAAUUUGACAACCAGAUUCACAUCAUUGACUUUGAUGACGAGAAUAACAUCAUUAAUAAGAAUGUCCUCCUGCACCAAGCUGGGGAGAUAUGGCACAUUGGCGCCAGUCCUGCAGAUAAAGCUGUGCUCACCACCUGCUAUAACAAAACAAGCGACAGCCGGGUAGUGUCCUGUGCAGCCCUGUGGAAGAUGCCCUCAGACUGGGAUGCUGGAAACCACGAGUCGCCUGAUGACUCCGGCCACAACCCCCAAACCCUUGAGUUACUCUGUCACCUUGACGACAACGCCCACGGAAACACAACCUGUGUGCUUUGGGAGCCCAUGGGGGACGGAAAGCGUGUGAUUUCAUUGGCUGAUAACCACGCACUGCUCUGGGACCUGCAGGAGAGCUCCACACAGGCUACAGUGUCGAGCCGUGCCACACUGGAGGGCAAAGGUCAGCUCAAGUUCACCUCGGGAAAAUGGAGUCCGCAUCACAACUGCAGCCAGCUCGCCACCGCCAACGACACGGCCAUCCGCGGCUGGGACUUGCGCAGUAUGAGUCAGAUCUACUGUAUCGAGAACGCCCAUGGACAGCUGGUUCGUGACCUGGACUUCAAUCCGAAUCGGCAGUACUACCUGGCCAGCUGCGGGGACGACUGCAAGGUCAAGUUCUGGGACAUCCGCAACGUCCAGGAGCCGGUCAAGACCCUUGAGGAGCACUCCCACUGGGUGUGGAGUGUCCGCUACAACCACAGUCAUGACCAGUUGGUGUUGACAGCCAGCAGUGACAGUCGGCUCAUCCUCUCCAAUAUGGUGUCAAUCUCCUCGGAGCCAUUCGGACACCUGGUGGAUGACGAGGAGCUCAGUGACGGAGAGGACAACCACCAAGACGACAAGGGUAAAGAGCCCCUAAAGGACAGUGUUGUAUCCACAUACGAGGAGCAUGAGGACAGCGUGUAUGCAGCAGAGUGGUCCUCAGCUGACCCCUGGCUUUUCGCUUCACUCAGCUACGAUGGACGUCUGGUUAUCAACAGGGUCCCACGGGCGCUCAAGUACAGAAUACUGCUGUGAAACAGAUGCAGCUGGCCCUCGCUUCAAGACACGUUUCUCUCUCUGGAGACAAAUGGAGAAAAUGUUAACCUUUCUGUUUGGGUAUCAGCAACUUUAAGACCACCCUGGACACACCGCUGUAGGCUGAUAUACAGAGCUUCUGAUAAAUGCACUUUUCAUAUCACUACUGUAUGUUUUCUUUACAUGUACAUACAUAAAAAUGACCCAUAUGAAAACUGUACCCUUGAAGAAAUACAAAGAUAGAAAUACAAGAUGUGAAAUACAAAAUGUGCCUCCCCAUCGCUCUUUUUAACAGUAGUAGUUGAUUAGUUGAGUAUUUUCUGAUCUAUGUUAUAAUGUUCUUUCCUUUUCAAUUGUGUUUUGUAUGUAUUUGAUGGAAAUCUGUCUAAAUACGAAAUUUUGAGUGGACUUUUCAUUGAGUUAGCUGUAGAUUACUAGCCAAACUUUUAGCUCAGAUCUCUGAGGUUCACGCAGUUAAAAACAAACUAAUUUGGCAGUUUUGUGAGUUAUGGUCUUAUUUUACAUUUACAGUCGUGUGAGUGAACGUGGAACAAAAACAAAAUGUUUCCAAAGAGGCAAUAUUUUACACAAUUACACA